UUCCCAGGGGCCGACGAGUAGAACCAAAGCCUUGAGGUCCCCUUUUGGUCUUGAAUGCAACCUCGAAUUGCUUGGCUUUGACCGACGACGCUCUAGCGGCCCCGCGAUACGCAAGAAUCACAGGUCAGUCGCGGCUCCUGAUGUACUUGGAUCUCAACAUACCCUGGCCCGUCGACUGCUUCGCGGACAUUGCGUCUGGCGCGAAGAGAAGCGGAACAGGGAAACACAACAAGCGCGCUUUGGGGGCUUCUAGAGCAAUUUCAGCAGUGAGCGUCGUGAACAAUGGCGAAACCCACGAUGGGCUCUCAGAAUUGCAGAGGAAGCAAGUGAAGAACAUACUGGAAGAUUUGACUCAUUUCGGCUUCACCAGCAUUGCAUUCAACCACAUUGUGCAGACACGGUACAGAGGCGAAACGAAUCACUUUGGGCUUUCGGGAGGAUGCGUGGUUCAACCUCCCGAUGCCAUCUCACUGCCAGUCUUUCCCCACCUAGCCUCUACGGGUCCAAGGCUUAGGAAGCCAAGGGCCAAAUUUGGCGCAGGGCUUGCACCGCAACUACAGCAGCUACAGCGACUAACUGUCACCAUGGACGAUAGCAGUCUGACAAAGGGCGGGCAUGGCUUCACUUCCUCUCAGGCGGCCGCUCUCGCUACGUGGGACCUGAUCGCAGUCCAACCAACUACCGACAGUGCUUUCAGUCUCGCUUGUCAGACAUUGACAGAGUUGAAACCUUUUUCGGUCGACAUAAUCUCGCUGGAAUUAGCCUCCAGCUCGCGUCUGCCAUUUGCACCCAAAAGGAGCACACUUCGAACUGCAAUUCGAAGCGGAGCAGUCUUCGAGAUCACCUACAGCGCAAUGCUGGCCGGUGCUUCUGAAGAGAGCGAGAAAGAAAGAGAAAGGAAGAAGAGGAAUUUGGUGUCCAAUACAAGAGACUUGCUAAGGCUGACCGGAGGGAAGGGGAUCAUAAUUUCCUCCGGCGCGGCGACCUUGCUUGACAUUCGCGGACCGAAGGACGUCAUUGCUGUUGCAUCUAUCUUUGGCAUGUCACCGCAAGCUGCCAAGGAUUCCAUUUCAGCGACGGCUCGAGCAGUGCUCACCCGUGCACGUAAGUACGAGCUGUUUGCACACGCACGCCAUUCCGAUUGCCGCUAAAUACAGCGGCUGCCUGCGCCCCGCAAGAGGCUCGCCGAUCGUUCAGAGGGGUCAUGGAAGCGCCUGUCCUUUCGGCAGGUUGCUCGAUAGCCGUGCGUGCUAGCAGUCCCUCCGCUCAGACCACCGGGACCUUGCCUCAUUCGAGUAAACCGAGCGACGGAGACCCCAAUCCGAUGACAGACAUGGAGAUAGGCUUUUCAAUGCCUCGGGAGCAGACUACGUCGAUCGCGAAGAGGAAGCAUUCGCUCACAAGCUCAGAGUCAAAGCAUGCAGGCCCUGGGGAGCUACAAAGCAAGCAUCAAAGGGUGUCAUCAAAGGGCUUGCACCCGCAACGAAGCGCGAGA